AUGACUGGCGACCAAAAAGUAUCACGUCACGCUCCCGAGCGGCAGUGGCCGCGUGCCAUUUGCGAUUUCGGCACCCACACUUCGUUUGCGUCAUCGCAUUUUUAUCUCAGCCCCUCUCUGGCGCGCUCUGUCUCGCACCGUUUUUCUCACCGUUUUGUUUUUUUUUUUUCUUUUUUGUUUUGUUUUGUUUUUUGCUCACCUCAGCUGUUCCGGCCAAUUUUCCUGGCGAUGGUGCUGCUGGCCGCGGUCCUCGCUGUGGCGGCAAGGGAGGAGGGUACGGCCGACCGGAAGCUCAACAUUGAUCCGGCCCUGCGCAAGGCACUGCUGCGGGCGCUGCGCCACCUGAAGGAGCGCCAGGAGGAGGAAAAGCAGGACCAGCAGCAGCAGCAGCUGGGCGACGCGAACACGACGGAGGAAAACUUCGCCACCACCAUCCUGGACGAGCUGCUCGAGGAGAGCACGGUGGCGGACGGGGCGCCGGUCCCCAACUUCCAGACGUACGUCGCGAACGCCCGGGAGGACGACACGAUCGAGGGCGAGGUGGAGCAGCGGGAUACGGGCGCGGUGGCGAUCGGGUCGGCCGAUGCGAACGAGAUCAUCAAGACGAUCAUCAUCGCGAAACCGAAGGCGACGCCCGUCCUGCCGAAGCUCGAGUCGGAGAACGAGAUCGUGCCGGUGGGCGGUUCGGACAGCCAGCCCGGCACGACGGUGGCACCGACCAGCACCACCACCCAGCAGCCCGAACCGGUGUCCACGACCCUCUCCCCGGUACCGACGACGCCCGCGCCCACCCACAACGAGGACGGCGAGAACAUCGAGCAGGUCAAGUCGGAGGACGUGAAGAUAUUCCAGGCACCGCUCGUGGCCGCCUUCACCGUGCAGCAGGACCAGCUGGGCGUGCCGCGGAACGUGAUUCCGCUGCUGCAAACGCCACCGAAGCAGCAGCAGCAGCAGCAGCCAGCCGCCGGGACCGACUUUAAACCCUCGCCGGUGAUACUGCCGGCCGCCCCAUCGGUGCCACUGCUGGCGCCGCUCCAGCCAGUCCCGCCCACCCAGGCGCUGCUCGCGCCGCUCAAGCCGACCGCAGGGAUCGGGCUGAGCACGCGCGCCCUGGAGGAAAAGACGCACCAGCUCGAGCAGCAGCUGAUAGCGCUCCAGAACCAGCAGCGCGCCCAGGAGCAGCUGCUGCGGGCGAAGCUCCAGCAGGAGCAGGCCAUCAUACACCAGCAGCAGCAGCAGCUCCAGCAGCAGAAGCAGCGGCUCGAGGAGGAGACGCGGCUGCGCAUACAGCGGUUCGAGCAGGAGCAGCGGCUCUUCCGCCAGCAGCAGCAGCAGUUCCAGCAGCAGCAGCAACAGUUCCAGCAGCAGCCACCCUCCCAGCAACAGCUGCCUCCGUUCAAGCCGCAACCGCUACCGCUGCAGCAGCAGCAGCAGCCGCAACUGCCGCUAGCACCGCAGCCUACCUUCGUCCAGGAGCUGCCACGACCCGGGCCCGCGGUACAGUUCAUACCGAGCGUCAGCCUGCCGGGCGGCAAACCGAUCCCGAUCUCGGUGGAGCAGCAGCUUCCCUUCAAGGAAGCUGUCGACUUCCAGCCCCAACAGCCGCCCCAGCAGCCGCCCCAGCAGCAGCAGGGAGUCCAGACGACGACCUCCGUCGAGCAGGUGAAGGCGCUCAGCCAGCCGCCGCAGCUAGCCCGCGACCAGGCCCUGCCGCUCAAACCGUUCCAGCCGUUCAAUCUGUUCCCGGUGCUGCCGCCGCUACUGCUCGGCCCGAGCCCCUUCGAUCAGCAGCAGCUGCCACCGCUCCAGCAGCGCAAUCGCGUCUUCCGCCAAGAACCGCCGUUCACCGGUAACUUCGGGCUCAACGGAGGUCCACCACCGCAGCAGCAGCAGCAGGCACCGUUCCGUCCAUCCCAACCGCUCGCAUUCAACGGGCAGCAGCAGCAGCAGCAGUCACUCACCGACAGCCAGAAUCUGCAGAAUCUGCUCUUCCAGUCCGGCAUCACGUCCCGCUCGGCGGAGGAUUUCAACAUCAUCACGAAGGUGCUGGCCCUGAACCACGGCAUCCCGCAGGCGUCCUCCCAGCGCAUGUUCGCCAAGCUCAGCCCGGACCAGCAGCGGCAACUGCUGUUCCGGAAGUGAACAUCUCCAUCCUCACUCGCUCACAUCGCCCCCCCCCCCCCACCAUCCACCUUCAUCAGAACGUUAACGUGUAGUCCGCUCGUUAGUGUGGUUUUGGUUAGCUAACCUCAUCUCUGCCAUAUUUAUUAUUUGUCACCACUUCACCAAUCCACUGCUGCCCAUGGCGCGCAGCCCAACAGUGGGACGGUGUUUUCCUUUUCCCUUCAUUCUUAUCACUGUCGUCAUACUCUCUCCUGCCUCCUGCCACAUUAGAGCCUAGCUUCUACCAUCAGGUUAGAAGUUCACGCCUUUUUGCCGCAGAUUAGUCCUCCUCCUCUGUGUCUCCUCUCUCUCUCUCUCUCUCUCUCUCUUGCUCUUUUAUGCUAGUAUUGUAAGGAAUAGUACGUACGUCGGCCGUCUUGGCGUUUUGCACUCCCGUGGUGAGCCACAUUCAGCCACUCAGCUAGCGUGUAGGAUAUUCUAAAUCCCUGUCCGGAGGCUUAUCCCUCCCAUUUUUUGUUUUAAGUUUCUUUCAGACAUUGCAGGUUGCAUUGCCGGCAAACGCAGUCGCGGCUUGCGAUUGGAGAUUAUUAAGUAGCUCUUUAGUAUUGUAUUUCCUCGCCGGUCGGUUCGCAACGAUCGGUUGAUUCACUGAAAUAAAUGGUACUAUAAAUAAGACGGCGAAA